AUAUUAAUCAUUGUUCUAUGAUAUGUCGUCAAAAGUGUUUUAAAAAUGAUUAAUGUCUAAUUUUUGCAAAUGUUAGUGUUUAAUUUUUGAAGUUUAAGAAGAAAAUAAAUUGUUAUUUUAAUAAAGAAAUAUGACUUCUAUCAAUGAAGUUAGUUCGAUACCUAAAACGAAAAAACCUUCGGACAGUGCAUUCAAACAGCAACGUUUACCUGCUUGGCAACCAAUACUUACUGCUGGAACUAUUUUACCAACAUUUUUUGUAAUUGGUAUUGCUUUUAUACCAGUUGGAGUUGGAUUGCUUUAUUUUUCUGAUCAAGUUAAAGAAUAUAUUUUAGAUUAUACUGAUUGUUAUUCUGCAAAUAUUAAUCAUACAAAAGGAAUACCUGUUAAAUGUGCUGAUGUUAUAGCAGAAAAUCGUUCAAAUUUUUGUCGUUGUGAAUUAAACUUCACAUUGCCUGAUGAUUUCAAUGGAAAAAUUUAUAUGUAUUAUGGUUUGACUAAUUUUUAUCAAAAUCAUAGAAGAUACGUAAAGUCAAGGGAUGAUAAUCAAUUAUUAGGAAAAUUAAGUGAAGUUGUCUCAGGAGAUUGUGAACCAUUUGCUUAUGAUGAAGGGAAAGCUAUUGUACCAUGUGGUGCUAUUGCUAAUUCAUUAUUUAGUGAUGAAUUAGAAUUAUAUUCUGUUAGUCAUAAUACUAAUGUACCAUUACUAGAAACUGGUAUAGCUUGGCCCUCAGAUAAAAAUAUAAAAUUUAAAAAUCCUGAGGGUGAUUUGAAAAAAGCAUUUGAGAAAUUUGCAAAACCAAAGAAUUGGAGUAAGCAUAUUUUUGAGUUAGAUAAAAAAAAUGAAGACAAUAAUGGUUUUCAAAAUGAAGAUUUAAUUGUUUGGAUGAGAACUGCUGCUUUGCCUACUUUUAGAAAACUAUACCGCAGAGUAAACCAUACAGAAAGUGGUUUUGCUGGAGGUUUAGCAGCAGGAAAUUAUACACUUACUGUUAAUUAUGCAUAUCCUGUAUCUGCCUUUAAUGGUAGAAAAAGAAUGAUUUUAAGCACUACUUCUCUUCUUGGUGGAAAAAACCCUUUUCUUGGUAUUGCUUAUAUAGUUGUAGGAUGUAUUUGUUUGUUAUUAGGCAUUAUAUUAUUAAUAAUACACAUCAAAUGUUCUAAAAGCAAACUAAUGUAAAGAUGACUGCAACAAAGUAUGCUUAGGGCACCGUAAUUGUUCUUCGUAACAGAGAUGAUCAAUGUAACUUCAAAUACAUCAUAUCAAGAAUAAUUAUACAUAUUAAUCAUAAAAAUUGGAGAACAUUCUGGAUUUUUGCAUUUACUUUGUAAGUGUUAAUAUAAAACAAUUUAAUGUAACUUACAGAAAAUGUAUAGAUAAAAUUGAUAAAUGUAUUGAUAAAUAAUAAUAUGAUAAAGCUAGAUAAAAUUUUAAUUAUAUUUU